CUGCUCGCGGCGGCCAAGCCCGGGCUCCGCGUCCCAGCGCUUAUUGCUAAGAAACUCUCAGCAGCUGCAGACACACUAACGCGCAUGAAGACGGGAAACAUCCGGCAAACUUCACAACGCCCGCUGUUUUCCCACUCGGCGGAGUAUAGUAAAAGGAGAUUAAUCUUGCAGUAAAUACAUGGAGCUUCUUGGUGUCCAGGGAAAUGCUGAGUUUUGCCCUGAAGUGUGUUUGAGAUUGUCAGCCUUUUUCCCCCCCUCUUUGCUUCUACCUCGCCGCUGUGGGUUACAGGACACUCUGCACCAGAUAGAUAUUCGGAGCCGGGGACCGAGGGGCUCUCGCCUUCUCCCAGCUGCCGGCGCUGCUCGAAACUCGCCUUUUACUCCAAAAUGCAGGAAGCCCCGGAGAGCGGCAGCAGCGCCAGCGCCGGCAGCUCCUUCUCCAGCCACGCCGCGGCCAGCAUCAAGGAGGAGGACUGCAGCCCCGAGAAGGAGCGACCCCCCGAGGCCGAGUACAUCAGCUCCCGCUGUGUCCUCUUCACCUACUUCCAGGGGGACAUCAGCGCCGUGGUGGACGAGCACUUCAGCCGGGCGCUCAGCCAGCCCAGCAGCUUCUCCCUCGGCAGCGCGAAGGCGGCGCGGAACGCGGGCUCCUGGCGGGAUGGAUCCUUCCCAAUGAGCCAGCGCAUCUUCCCGCCAUCCUUCUGGAACAGCACGUACCAGCCCUCCUCGGUCCCAGCCAGCCUGAGCAGCCCCCUGGCAGCUGCUGCCCACAGCGAGCUGCCCUUUGCCGCUGCCACCGACCCCUACGCGCCCGCCUCUCUGCACGGCCACCUGCACCAGGGCGGCCCCGAGCCCUGGCACCACGCCCACCACCACCACCACCACCACCACCACCACCACCCCUACAUUGGGACACAGAGCACUGCCUACCCCCGCCCCACCGCCAUGCACGAGGUCUACGGGCCCCACUUUGACCCCCGCUACGGCUCGCUGCUGGUGCCCACCGCCUCUGUCCGCCCCCACCGCCUCACCCCCGCCUCCGUGUCCACACCAGUCAGCCCCCCCUGUGAACUGGGCAAGAGUGAAGCAGGUGCUGCUGCAGCCUGGACGACACCGGGCCCCUUCCCCAAUGCAACAGGAGACAUGGCACAGAGCAUUGGCCUCAAUGUGGACACAGGUUUGCAACCUCAGGAUAAAAGCAAGGAUCUGUACUGGUUUUAGAGCUGUCCUUCACUCUUCUUCCCUUGGCUCUCCCCUGUAGCUCUCUACCCGUUAGACAUGGUGGCAUUCAGAGCUGAAAUCGGGUCAGUUUGUAACAGCUUCUGAUCUUGGUUUGCAGCUCGCCGUUACUCCUUCUGUGGUGGAUCCCUUCUGAGCUGAUGUGCUGACUCAAAGACUCUCAGAUCCCCCCUUGCCCUUUUCCAAGCCCACCGUGGCCCUGCUGCUCGGGGAAAGACAACGGGAUUUAAAAGGACCUGGCAUUGCAAGGGUGAUACUUUAGACUUCUUUCGGAGAGAAAAGUCAUUCUGUUGCAAGAAGAGAGCCAAAGACAUUGAACUUCUAUUUAAACAGACCCCACACCCAGACUCGCAGCCAGACUACUCUGAAAGAGUCAAAUGACAUGGAUGGUGAUGCAAAACCACUGGCCUUCAUACAGGCAACAGGGGAAAUUGUGGGGGUUUUUCGGUGGUGUGAAUAUUUUUUUAUGGCAGUGAAAGUUAUUUCUUGAAUGCAACAAUGGGAAAGAUACUCAGCAGUUUUGAACUGGAUUUUUUUUUGCAUUAUAGAAAAGUAAAAGGAGAAGAAACUGGAACUCAUGAACUUUUUCGGACUAUCAAGGAACUAGUCAGAUUUUUCAGCUUUGUAGUUGUGAGUGGCAAGUGUCUGACUGGGGCCACCUGCCCUGGACUUACAGAUAUGCAGCUGUUCCCCUCACAACUGCUUAAAUCCCAGAAAGACGAAAACCAAGGUGGCACUUCUCAAAGUCUGGCACAUUGCAUUGGCUGUAUAACAGUUGUUUGGUUGGGGGUAGGGUUGUUUGGUUGGUUUUGGUUGGUUUUUUUGGUGGCUUUUUUUUUUUUUUCUUUUUUUUCUUUUUACAAUAAACAUUUUCUGGUGAAAGUUAAACCCUCUUAAAGCAGGGGGAGAAAGGAAUGUCAUGAAGAAUGGCUCACCUCCAACCCAACAGCCUUUAAAGGGAACACCAGAACAAAAAGCACUUGGUGGACAUUAGUUCUGAGUUGCCUCUAACACUUCCCUUUGUCUACUUGUUGCUGUCAUUUUGCCACUUUAGUAGUUGUUUUGUUUGGGGUUUUUUGAAAGGGGCAAAUAGAUAUUUAACAGUAGCAAAGCUGUAUUAAAGGUAUCUCCUUCAUUCAUCCUGUGUACUUUAAUGAAGAAUUAAAGCUAAAUAAGAGAAAUGAGGCAAACUGGAAACUCCAGGGUGAACCAGAAACCACAGCUCUCACUUGGAUGAAGUGAGUUAUUUUAUUAUUUUUCAUGAAAGAUAAAUAGAAAUCCUAGCAGCUGAAAAUUUUUUCUUGGUGAGUCAAAUACACAGAGAUAAAUACAAAAGAUAAGAUAAUAUGAGACCAUUGCAGUGCUACAUUUUAGAGUAUGGUGUGGCUGUAAGAUUGGUUAAAGGGAGCUGCUCCAUAUUUCUUUGUCUAGAAGAGGGGACUGUAGCAUAUAGAACUGCUAUUGAGGUGGUAAAUUAAAAUGUUACUACCAAGUGAUGAAUAAUUACUGAAACAGGGUAGAAAUGGCACUUUAUAUCUAAAAGCUGAGUUUUUUAUAGACAAAACAUCUGAUCCCAAUACUAUCCUGUUUUGGUUUUUUUCCUUAAUGUAAUGUCUUUGAAGCUGACAAAUUUUAAGGCAUAUAGUAGGAAAUUCCUAACAUUACCCCCGACACUGGGAGAAACAGUAGAAAAUGAACUUUUGUGCUGAGAUCAGAGUUUUUACCUUUCAAACUCUGACAACAUUUGGCAUAAUGUUCACCGUGUGUCAGGAGUGGAGUUAUGAAUAACCCAAACUUGCUUCUCCUAGGUUUGGUGAUAACUCAGUUCCUGGGAAAGAAUAGGAAUCCUAACAGAAAGAGUUUGACAAAGCAGUGUGAGUACAUACUGUGAGAAGCUGACCAGGAGCACCUCCAGCCAGAGCUCAGCAAACGGCAGGGAAGACUUGCAGUGAUUCCCUCAGCCAGACAAAAUGAAGGGUGUUUUUCCCUCAGCCUCCAAAUAGCCAGAUCCCAGACAAGCUGCGAGGGGCAAGGGAAUGACCCCAGAAUUUACAUUAUUUGUUAAACCAAAAGCAUUCCAAGGUGUUUAUCAAGGAAGAAGGCACCAGCUUUUUGCAGCAGAAAGGUAAUUAAAAAUACUGUCUGACUGCAGAAGCUUAAAGUUAGCAGGGUCAUUUUGUGAGCAUUUUCCUGAGGGCUUUUCAGCUGUUUUUUAAGUUUGUUUUUUUGGGUUUUUUAAAAGAUAAAUCUGAUUCUAUGAUUGGUUGUGCUUCACCACAAUUAUUUCUUUUUUCUUUCUUUUUUCCUCCCCUCUUCUCUGCAAUUCUUACCAAGGAGGGCUGAGUGAUGCAGCCCAAAUACAUUUGGAAAUAUUCAUAUAAGCAUAAAUGAGUCAUUUGCUACAUUGGCAUUUACAAUUCAUUUUGACUGUGAAUAUAUUCAAGCACAAGAAUUUAUGCAAUGAACCCAUUAAUAUUGGUUUUGGCAUUUGUUCUGUGGGUACAUUUUUUGCUGCUUUAUGAUGAAAACAUCUAAACACAAAAGCCAAGACAGUGGCUCAAGGUGCUAAAGGUACAAACAACUUUUUAAAAACAGUCCUGCUCUGGGUGGACUGCAGCCUGAAAGCACACAUGCCUUGUUUUGGCUAAUCCUUGCAGUUUUACUCAGUCUGUGUUAUUCUGAUUCCUGAAGGAUCACCAGGCUUUAAGGCUUGUGUAUUAGUCUUUGCAGGACUGGGGCCACAGCUCCUAAUGCAGUAACAGUGCGCGUGACCUCCAUGCCAUUUCUCAAGUCUGUUUUAUUCCUCUUUGCAUCAUAGGUCACUACUCCCUUAGUCAUGAACGCUUGUAGGAAAUCUGGAAUUACAAAAGAAACCCUUCUUAGAUGUUACAUAAAUAUUACCUGUCACAUGCUUGUCAUGCACUGAAAGGGAUGUGAGUCCCCAUCUCUGCAGCCUGGACAGCAGAUCCUCCUGCUGUCCCUUUCUGAAUGUCAUGCACCACACCAUGCUCUCUAUCUGCCCACCUGACAAACAGACUAGCCCAGCUGGGACGGACAAACAGACACAAACAGCUUCAGACACAUUCGUGCAGUGUUCAGCGAAGAAGGCAGAGGGACAGCAUCUGCUGCAGAGCAUGGCAGUGCUGGACACAGCAAGGGUAUCUGCUGCUGCCCAAUAGCAAGAGCGUCUUCUCCACAAGGAGUUUUCAAAAUGAGCUCUGGAUGUAUUCACCACAGCUCUCCCACCUAUGAAAAUCACCAACAGCAUGCACGGAUCUGCUAGAAGUGUGGCUAGGUCACCUGGUGAGAGCAAGCAUUUCUUGGCUGGAUGCUAGUGGCUGGAGUUUCAUUACACACAAAGGCCAAUGACCGUGUAACAUUUUUGGAAAAUAUUGUUGAGGACAAUCCAUCAUGGAACAGACUUUUGGAUUAUUUGUUUUGGCUGUCAUCUUUCUUCUACUACUAUGAACACAAGAAAUACUUCACUUAGUCCCAGCUAUAAAUGAAUAAAAAUUUUAAAAAUCACUAACUUAUUAUAAUGUGUUACAAACUGCAGUCUGAGACAUAUUGCAUGCCCCAAACUGUUUUUGACAGGGUCAUAGUGGAACACACAUUCUAGUCUGGAAACUCAAGUAGAACCUGAAUGGCCUUUUCUUGCUUAAAUCAAUCUCACUUCUGGAGCCCACAUCUUACUGAAUUCCAUGGCAUGAGAUUAACAUGGCAGGCAGAAAAGCUGUCAAAUUAAUUCAAGGCUGGAGAGCUACAGAAAACUGACAUGCAUGCGUCCUUGGUGAGAAAAUCCAGCAACAAUAAGAUGUCACAGGGACUCUAGAACUUCAAUCAAGUAAACAUCAUAACAUUUUAACGGGCUUAUUAAGACUGUGCUUGGGGAAAGAGGGAGCUAACCUACAGGUCAAUUAUAAAUAUACAGGAAAAUUAGUAUGGCAUUAUACAUGUAAAGAGCUAGUCAACUGUUUAGUCUUUUAAAAUACAUUUAAAUGGAAGGAUGACAUGCAGAUGAAUAAAAUUCAAGUUACCCUGUCUCCUGAAGGGUAUUUCCUAUAUGAGAAUCACCAAAUGAACCUGAGGAGAAGUUAAGAAGGACUUUUGAGAACUAAAGCAUGAAAACAUUGAAUGGAAGCAUGAAAACAGUUGCUUUGUCUUCUCCUCCCAAUGCAGAUCCAGCAAUGGGUCUGAGGCAACAGCAGCUGGGCAGAACCUAUGGAAAGGGAAGAAUGAGAGGAAGCCAGAAGAGGGAACAUGACAGCUGGUGGGGAAAGGUCCAAGGCUCAGGAGAAGAGUGUGCCAAGUAGAAGUUCUGAAGGCCAAAGCUCUGCCUACACUGAAUUGCCCUGCGUACCACAGUGGGCCAGAUUUUACCAAGUUGUUAUAAACAGGUUUAAUGGAGUCUGAUUUUAAAAGUGACUGCUGUCAACAGAUUCUCUGACUAAAAUUACAUUACGGAGUACAGAGCUAUUAUUAAGACCACCCUUAAAGUCUAUUAUUCUACUGUAUUUUCUGCACUAAACUGAUUUUUUUCAAAUUUUUGUCCUACAAACUGAUGCUUUUAUGGAAGCCUCAAUCCAUGUUUUCCUUUGCAACUUGGUAAUUUCUAAGAAUGCAUAUUUUUUUCCUGAUAAAUAAACAAAACAAUGGCUUUUUUUCUGUGACCUCUGCUGUGUGGCAGAACCUGGAAUUUUGGCAAAAUAGUUUCUUACAUUAAGAAUAUGUAUUUGUCCUCCCAUUGAAAGUAAUUAUUUGCUUUGAUUGAGCAAGUUAACGGCUGGAGAAAGAUCAGGCUUAUCAUGCUAAGCAGAGACUUGCACUGAAGCUAAAACUCUUUCAUGUUACAUCUGUGCCAGGUCUAUUCUACCACAAACACUGUAACCAAUCUUCCAGCCCCUUUCCCCAGUUCCAAGAAGCAGAAAGGUAGGUUUCUCCAGAAAUUUCAGCCCUACUAAAGAUUUUGACAGAUAUUGAUGUAAUGCUACAAGAACUUCUUAACUCUGUUAGUUUUCAUGUCUCUCUUGCCUGUGGAGUUAGGGAACACAAGAGAAGAGAUGUCUAAGCCAGGAAACCAAACUAGCUCAGGAGUGGGUGCAAGCAAUUGAAUCAGUACAGCCCUGUGCCCAGUGGAUGCUCUGCUCCUGUAGCCAUCUGAAAAUUGAACAUCUAGUCUGAAAUACUAUAGCUGAGAUUAUUUAUUUUGGACACUAUUCUGAGUAAUGUGUUUGGUGAGUGUCCUGUGAGUAAUGUAAAUUGCUAGAGCAGGGAUGCUGGACUGGAUGACUUCCAGGGGUCCCUUCCAGUCCCUUGACCACCCUGUGACUCUAUGUGAACCAAAUUAAAUAAGGCAAGUCACCUGGAUGCCAACCAUCAUCAGUGAAGAAUGAGGCAAAAGGUGACCCCUUUCUUGCUGUGAUACAUGCCCAAAAAACAGGAGCUGUCACUUUCUGCUUCUGACAGCAGAGCUACCUAGAAGAGUAUCCUGGAUGAGGCUCCUAGCCUGUAGACAGCUGCAUUUAGGUGAGAUAAAGUCCAUCCAAAGUGUAAGGCCUAUUAGCUUGGGCAUAGUGCCUAAUUAAUUGGCUGUAGUCCUUUCCUAAGCUAAUGCCAGGCUUACAUUUGUGCCAGACGAAGUAUCUCUUUCCUGAAUGUCAUUAUUGAGAGCUAAGAUACCCUUAAAGAAACUAAAGAAUUACACUGUAUGCAAAUUGUUUUUCAUUAUUGCAUAAGGGUGUGAAAUCAGCUGCUAAAAAAGCAUGAAAUGAUAGAUUAUCUGUCCUGGUCCCUUCAUGUCUUUAUAAACUUUUUAGUCUUGUAAUGUAAACAUGCCAUGAAUAGACUGGAUUUGACAUAAAUAAAAUAAUAAACUGA